UUUUCUACCACAAAUGAAGAAGGAAACCGGAAGCGUCGUUUUUCCUCCUGCUGGCGAUAGCUAAAGCUACGUCGGUGUCAUCGUCUUAUCAGUUUAACAAGAGAAACAACCGCCUUAUUUCGUGUCCAGCCACGAAUACCUUGUUUCACUGGAGUCUCUGGAGAGAUGAACAACAACGGGAAUAAGAGAGCUCCAACCACAGCCACUCAGCGACUUAAGCAGGAUUACCUCAGGAUAAAGAAAGACCCUGUGCCUUACAUCUGUGCAGAACCUCUCCCCUCCAACAUCCUAGAAUGGCACUAUGUCGUCAGAGGUCCUGAGAAAACUCCAUAUGAAGGGGGAUAUUAUCACGGAAAACUCAUAUUUCCUCGAGAAUUCCCUUUUAAACCUCCAAGUAUCUACAUGAUAACACCAAAUGGGAGAUUUAAGUGUAAUACAAGGUUAUGUUUGUCAAUCACAGACUUCCAUCCAGACACGUGGAACCCAGCGUGGUCCGUCUCCACCAUCCUCACAGGUCUGCUCAGCUUCAUGGUGGAGAAAGGCCCCACUCUUGGCAGCAUUGAGACCUCUGACUACACAAAAAGACAGCUGUCAGCCCAAAGCCUGGCCUUCAACCUCAAGGAUAAAGUGUUCUGUGAGCUGUUUCCUGAUGUAGUCGAUGAGAUGAAGCAGAAACAGAAAGCCCAGGAAGAAUUAAGCGCGCGCACUCAGCCCCUCCCCUUACCCGAUGUGGUGCCUGACGGUGACCCUCAGCACGCCCACUACGGCCUCCCUGCCCUCAACGGAGGGCCCGUCCCCCUUGGGGGCGCCAACCCCGCCCCCGGCCUGCAGCAGGCCAAUCGCAACCAUGGACUUCUAGGUGGGGCUUUAGCCAACCUGUUUGUGAUUGUAGGCUUUGCGGCGUUCGCCUACACAGUCAAGUACGUGCUGAGGAGCAUAGCCCAGGAGUGAGAGGAGCCGGUGUUGAAGGGCGACGCUCCCCCCUCUAGUGGACUUCUACAAACACACUACGUGGGGGAGGGAUGAUCAGUCCUGGGUUAAACCCCUCCACGACCACCACAACCACCACCACCACCAUGGACUUUGGAAGACAGAAUCUCAAAGCCAACCCACCUCAGAAGGAUUGAGAGGAAGAGGAGGAGGAGGAGGUGGGGGAGUGGCAGUAGGGCCGGGGGAUUGGAGGGGCUUAUUAAAACGGUUGUGAUCCACUCUGUGCUCUAGUGGUUUAUGUUCAGCAGUAGGAACAAACUUGGCUCAUGGGUUGUGGAAAAGUGUAGCACUAAGGACAUGGUUUGUUGCACUGUGCUGGAGGCAGGUCACAACAGAAAGAUGCUAAAAUGCACCUUUGUUCUCCUGCAUCAUGAACAUUACUAAUAAAAGCUUGUCUCUUAAAAUGGUAAGUAGAUAAUUCUUGAAGCAGAUUUCCCCCUGACCAUCACUUCAACAAGAAAUAUUUCCCUCUGCAGUGUUUCCUGGUCGUUCAACAGGUCAUAGAGACUCUGCAGACUGUGACAUGAAGAUGUUGCUGCGCUGAACCUUUUUUACAAUUCAAAAGAAAGGAGUGCCACAAGAAUUAUAUAGCUAAAUAAUGUUGGCAUUGCAGUCUGUUUUUCCACUCAGCGUUCUGAUUGAUGCCUUUCCAUGAAAUAACCCUACGGCAUUGGGUUUAAUCCAGCGCAGCGCAAGAA